AGAACGUCCGAACUCUUAAAACGAAACUGCAACUUAAGAAAAAUGUUGUUUCAAUUGGGAAUAUUAUUUCUACUUUCGCAAGGGCUCUUCGCCGAGUCUGAGAAACCUGAUGGCGACACCCGAAUCCUGGGUGGCAGGAAUGCUCCUGAAGGAUUCGCUAAGUACCAGGUUUCAAUUCGCAAGAAACCAGGUAAGAAUGAAUGGCAUCAUUGUGGAGGUUCUAUUCUAAACGAAGAGUGGGUGCUGACGGCCGCUCAUUGUACCUAUGGGAUUAAGAUGAGCGAACUUUCUAUAAUGGUCGGGACUAAUAAACUCCAGUCUGGUGGCACCCGUUAUAAAAUUAAGAAAAUGAUAUCUCAUGAGAAGUACGCGAAAAAAGAUUUAAGAAAUGACAUAGCUCUUAUACAAAUAGACGGUAAAAUCGCCAUGACAGAUAAUGUCAAAGCAAUUAAGCUAAAGAAGGAAGCUGUAUCUGUCGGAACAAAAUGUACGUUGACUGGUUGGGGAUACACUAACAACUAUAAAACUGUGCCGAAUGAUCUCCAAUAUUUAGAAUUCACAACGAUAAGCAAUAAGGAGUGCAAUGACAAGCUAAAGAAAUUCGCCGCGAUUGAUGAGAAACAAAUUUGCGUGAAGCGACCAGAAGGAAAGGGAGCGUGUAAUGGAGAUUCUGGAGGUCCUCUGGUUGUCGCUGAUGAUAAUAAAGAGUUCGUCCAAAUAGGAGUUGUAUCCUGGGGUAUCAAUCCAUGCGGUAAACAAUAUCCUGACGUGUUUGCCUCAGUUUCUGGUUAUUAUGACUGGAUCGAGAAGAACAUGAAAUGAAAAAUUUUGUAAAUUAAAUAAAUGAUUGUGUA